AUGGGUGACGAAGAGGUGGCAGCUCUGGUCGUUGACAACGGCAGUGGCAUGUGCAAGGCUGGCUUUGCGGGCGAUGAUGCUCCUCGAGCAGUUUUCCCGAGCAUUGUCGGCCGGCCAAAGAUGCCCGGAAUUAUGGUUGGCAUGGACCAAAAGGACAGUUACGUGGGAGAUGAAGCCCAGAGCAAGCGAGGUGUUUUGACCUUGAAAUAUCCCAUUGAGCACGGCAUUGUCACCAACUGGGAUGAUAUGGAGAAGAUUUGGCAUCACACCUUCUACAACGAGCUGCGUGUGGCUCCGGAAGAGCAUCCAGUCUUGCUGACGGAAGCCCCGUUGAACCCCAAGGCGAAUCGUGAGCGAAUGACGCAGAUCAUGUUUGAGACCUUCAAUGUACCAGCGAUGUAUGUGGCAAUUCAGGCUGUGCUGUCUCUGUAUGCAUCUGGCCGUACCACUGGAAUCGUCAUGGACAGUGGCGAUGGUGUCAGCCACACUGUUCCAAUCUACGAGGGCUAUGCCUUGCCACACGCCAUCCUCCGUUUGGAUUUGGCUGGCCGUGACCUCACAGAGUACAUGAUGAAGAUCUUGACCGAGCGUGGCUAUUCCUUCACCACCACGGCGGAGCGCGAGAUCGUUCGAGACGUAAAGGAGAAACUUUGCUACAUCGCCUUGGACUUUGACAGCGAGAUGAAGGCUGCAUCUGAGAGCAGCGACAAGGAGAAGACUUACGAGUUGCCUGAUGGCAACAUCAUCACCGUUGGAUCUGAACGUUUCCGCUGCCCAGAAGUCCUGUUCCAGCCAAGCUUCGUGGGCAAGGAGGCCAGUGGGAUUCAUGACACCACCUUCCAAUCGAUUAUGAAGUGUGACGUCGAUAUUCGAAAGGAUCUCUACGCCAACGUGGUCCUGUCCGGUGGUACCACCAUGUUCACUGGAAUUGGAGAGCGCAUGACCAAGGAGUUGACUGCCUUGGCACCUUCCACCAUGAAGAUCAAAGUGGUGGCUCCUCCUGAGCGAAAGUACAGUGUGUGGAUUGGUGGUUCCAUUUUGUCUUCUCUCAGCACCUUCCAGCAGAUGUGGAUCUCUAAAGGUGAGUAUGAUGAGUCUGGCCCGACCAUUGUUACCGCCAGCCACAAGAGCUCUUGCCUUCUGCAACGCAAUGCGCAGCUGAAGAUUCGUCCCAACAACACUCUCAGCCAGAACGUCGUAGCAUCUGUUCAGUCUGGAUUGACUUCCAUGCACACCGAUGCCAUGUCUGAAGCCACCGGAUGGCUCAGCGAUAUUUUCGCGGAAGAGGUGGAGCCAAUUGCCAACAGCACGACUGUCCGAAGAGCCCGCCUUCACCCAGUGCGUUGGUCAAAGAAUGACAAGGGCUUCUUCAUUGUUUUCACCAUAGCCUUAGUGUGUUUCGAUUAUUUCGUGCUGCAGCGGCUGAAUGUCUCUGGACUGCGGCAGCACUUGGCCUUGGUCGCCUUCUGGAUAUUGGUUGGUAUGGGCUACAAUCUCUUCAUCGCUGUGCGGCAUGGCUCCGUCGCAGGUGUUCAGUGGUGCAGUGGAUAUCUCUUAGAAUGGCUACUGUCCAUGGACAACCUCUUUAUUUUUCACUUGAUCUUCCGGCUCUACAAAACACCACCAGAAGUGAUCCACAAGGCUCUGUUCCUGGGAAUCUUGGGCGCUGUCACGUUCCGCUUCACUCUAUUCGCAGUCGUGAGGCAGCUCCUCGAUUUGGUGACUUGGUUCCGCUUUAUCUUCGGUGGCUUUUUGAUUUGGAGUGGCAUACAAGCUGCCAAAGACGAUGAAGAGGAGGACUUGACGGCCAAGCACACCGUGAAAUUGCUCCAGUGGCUUCUUGGUGAUCGACUGCUAGAUGGCUAUGGUGAAAAGGAGGGGAGCUUGGUCAUUUGGAGGAACGGCAAACUGACUUUCACGCUUCUCUUUCCGGUUGUUUGUUGCUUGGAAUGUACUGACCUGAUCUUUGCAGUCGACACUUGA